AUGCACGAAGAAAUGACCCAAGAGGAUCCCCAGUGUCGCAUCUGCCUUUUGCAUCCCAAGGAUGAAUCUCUUAUGGCCACGGAACCUAAUUUCCUGGAGCAGAUCCGGAGUUGCACCGGGAUUCAGAUGAAGGAAACUUCAAAUGGGACUAAUCUCAUAUGCACCAGUUGCGCCUUGCUGCUACGGGCGGCGUUGAAGCUGAGGACUCUUUGCCAAGAGGCGCAAAAGAAGCUAGAGAGACUGAAUGAAGAGGAAUCUACUAUGGUAGAUGAGGAAAAGGAUAAUGUGGGGGAUUCUGAAAGUGAUGCUAUGUUCGAAGAAUAUGUGGUUACAUUGGAUGGCACCGAAUACUCCUCAGAUGUCGAUGAAAUCAUCAGCAUUGAACCAGUUGACUCACUGCCUAGUUCGCCUGUUCAGGAGAAUCCCUCAUCCAUGGACGGUGGAGGUUCAUCUUCUGAACCAGAAGAUAACCCCACUCAAGAGUUACUAUUUUCCUGCAAUUUAUGUCCAAAUGUCUAUAGUCAGCGGGUCAAGUUGACGGCUCACUUGAAACAACACAACAACGAUAAGCCGCAUGAGUGCGAAAUCUGCCACAAAAGGUUCCGCCAGACUACGCAGCUGGCUAGGCACAUGAACUCCCACACCGGCAAUCGUCCCUACAAAUGUGAUUUCUGCGACUCUUGCUUUGGAGAUCCCUCCACCCGAAUCAAGCACCAAAGGAUUCACACAAAUGAGAGGCCGUACAAGUGCAAGUUCUGUGCAAAAACGUUUUCUUAUUCCAAUGUGCUGCGAGUUCACCUAAAGACGCAUACGGGAGAACGUCCUUACAGCUGCCAAUACUGUCAUAAAACAUUUUCCCAGCCGCAUCAUAAAAAAUACCAUGAAAAGACACACAAGUGAAGGG